AUGCGCCCCGGAUCCAGAGGUCACUCCAACGUUAGCAUCAGCUCCAAGGGCAAGAGCAAAAAGUCGGCAAAGUCCCGCCUCAACCCGAACGCCGGAACAACCGAUGAGCUCGCAUCCAUCUCCAAUAUCGAGCUCAACCAGGUUCACAGCUCCUUGACGGCAUUCAACUACUACUGGAGCCGCAAGGAGAACCCAAAGACGCCUGAGGAGCUCGAGAAUGAGCGGAAGCAGCGCCGCAUUUAUGCAAGUCAGUUCGCCGGACUCUGUCUCGACCUCGACACGACCGAAUCAUUGAUGGCGUGUCUGCGCGAAAGCCGCCAGGACGACUACUGCGACGCUGUCUCGAAUGCCUUUCAUCUGGAGAGAGAGCCUCCUUCUCCCAGCUGGAUCCUCGCUCGCCCGUCUCUGCCGCCGCCUGACGGGCCCAUCCAAUACGACCGCCACCGCGAGGACGACAUCUUCCGCGACGUGGUGCUCACCCACUACAUGAUGGAGGCCAUUCGAUAUCCUUUCAUGCAGUUUGCGUGCAUCCCGUCCGGCGCCAUAGGCACGCUGAUAGAUCGCUCCGCGCCGACUAAGGGGUUCUCGGCCUACCAGAUUGCCCUCUGGGCCACCAUGCUCUACAGCACACAUGUCCGAUUCGUUGAGACCAUACGAGUCAACCCGCUGAACUCUGGGCCCGAGGUUGCGCUGGAUCUCUUCACGACGUUUCUCUACAUGUUCAUGGCCCCAACAACAUCGACCCAGCCCUCGCGCAACGACAGAGACAUGUACGGGUCACCCCGACGCCGCCGAAGCAGCGUGGCGAUUCCAAAGAGCCCCGCAUCGUUUUCUAUCCAGAACUCGACUUCCGAGUUUGAAUUUGAUGGAGACUCGGGCGGGCCACGGCCGGAGCGUGGCCCGCUCUCUAACCAAGAGGCCGUCUGGCUGAUCGACUACUUUACCGACAACUACUUGAAGCACAUCAAGUUGAUAUCGCUGGUGUUCUAUAGACCGCAAGAAUUGAUGCGAACAGCGGCUCGGCGCCAAACCGAGAGAGAGCUCGACUUCCAGCCCCUGGCGAAUGGAAUUGCAGCCGAGAAAUGGGAAGAAUUCCUCGCCGAAGAGGAUGAAAAGAAGCGAUUGGCUCUCCAGGCUGAGCUGGAGGCCGUCGAAGCUAUCAAGCGAGAGGAACUCGAAAAGGAGCAGCGGUGUCGAGAACAAGAGCUUGCGAGACAGGCCGAGCUCCAAGCGAUUGAAGAUUCAUACAUCGUUGUUCCCCCAUUGAAGCCAUACGGCGGAGAGAUGCCUCAUCCUCCCAGGAGCGACGAGUUGUUUCCGGCAGAUAUGCUGGUGGAAGUCGUGCCGCCCCCAGAUGCGCCCGCAACCGAGAUCGCAUCUGGAGAGCCUGCUCCGGAGCCGGCCCCGAUGUCCUCCGAGCCCCAACAUUUACGGCCGGUGAAUCUCAACCCAACCAACAUAGCAAAAAUUAUUGGGCAGACCGCCGUGCCUCAUAUUGCCUUGGUGAUGGCCUACCUCGAGGGCAAACUGGAGCAUGAGAUCACCGAGAUGAAUAUGCGACUGGGCAAGGUCCAGGUCGGGCUUGAGAAGCGAGAAAAGGAUGACAAGAACAGGAAGCCGGCAAUGCCAAAUCCGAGAGAAAGAGAGCCCUCUCCAGACAAGGGCUUGUCCAAGGACGGCAAGAAGCUGGCUUCGACUCGCGAUUUGCCCAAGACAAUGAAGGGGAAGAAGUGA